AUGGCUUCCAAUGACGAUGUUGACAUGAUGUUUGACCUCGACUUUAACCGCCCAGAUGCCUUCUGCUCCUUGCUCGACGAUACCGCCUCUCGCCGCGAGCAGCACGCCAUCCUCCAGCGCUGGCACACACCGGGCUACUCGAUGCCGACGAUGACCAAGGCCAAGGCGAAUGUGCUCUCUCGCCAGCCCACGCUUGACGCUACGUUUAUUGCCAGCGAGUGGGAGGAGAAGCUGAUUCGACGAUGGCAGCGCAAGCACAAGAAACAGCACCUUUCCCUGCGCGAGGUCAAGAGCCAGAUGCCCCCACUCGAGUUCGAUCCUGCCUUUGCCGACUCGGACACCGAGGACGAAGACGAGCAGCCGGCGUUUAAUCCCGAAUCGCUGCGGGAGCCUCUGAUGCGCCGCGUACCAUCUCCUAUCGCCAUUCCUCCUUCGGCCUAUGCUCCCUCGGCGCCUCUCUCCCCACUUACGCCUCUCUCCUCAGAGCCUCCCCAGAGUUCCAUCUCCCCCGUUGACAAGCCCUCGCCGCGAACAACACAAGCUCCGGCCGUGCCUGAGUCAUACGCCCCCCCGACACCGAUGUCCCCCGCUGUCAAACUAGAGGUGGUAGAUGACGUCUUGUACCCCGCUCGUUCGUCACCCGCCCUCAAACGGCCCUUUGACGAGGUCGAGCCCCAGGCCGAGCCUGAAACCGAGGCCGAUCCCGAGCCUGUCACCGCCGUCGAUGACGUAGUGUCCGAGGGUGAAUAUGUUCCCUCGGAAGACGAGGAGGACGACGCCGAUCCGACCUAUGGCGCACCCAAGGCAAGGAGGUUGGUAAUUCACUCCACCGUAUUCCGAUCGGCCGCUAACCGCUCGCCGCGAUCCAGAGCCUCGCAAUCGACUCAUACUCGCACGCCCUCGACUUCCGAGAAACCCGUGCGCACUGGCCCGGGCCGCCGCCGUCGCCCUGUCGACGACACAGCCCCAAGCCAAUGCACGUACAUCAACCCUCUUAAUCAAUCUCGCUGCCAGCAGAUAUUCGCUCGGGCUCCCGAGAUGAAGCGCCACAUUGAUCAUUUCCAUCACGAGCAAGAGGCGAGGGCCGUCAUCGACGGCCGCCUGUCUCGCAACAUGGCCACGCUCCUCGGCGACUCUUGGGACGGCACCCUUGGCAAGCCCACGUGUGAAGGAUGCGGAACUGAGUUUUCUCGCCGCGACGCCGUCAAGCGGCACCAGAACGAGGUCAAAGCCAAAUUUGAGGAUGGCCGCUGCGUCUGGUGCCCCGGCACUCAAGGCCGCAAGGGUUCUGCCAAACGUGUGGCCCUCGCCAAGCUCGGCGGUCAGACUCCUACCAAGAAGCCUCGCCGCAAGUGA